AUGCUUACAGAAGAGCGUGCUACUAAUAUCGUUGCAGAAACCGCUGCAGCUUUCGAAGCUUGCAAACUCUGCUUGAGGCACGAUAUAAAUCACGUCAAGUUAAUAACCGACUCUAAAUACCCCAUCAGCUGCAUGACAGAACAUCUCCCAAAGUGGAAGGCCAACGGAUGGCUGAACGCGAAAAAUCGACCGGUCGUAAAUCAAAAACUGUUGAAGGAACUCGAUGCGUUCCAACAGCAACUAGAGAUCCAAUUCGAAUAUACACCUGGGCAUCAAGGGAUUUACGGCAAUGAGAAGGCCGAUGAAUUAGCAAAAAUAGGGUCGAAAAUCUACCCAUCAACCUAG